CAAUCACACACUACGGGGUGAGAGAAGACGAGGUGAACGCUUAAUGUGCACACAGCACCGACUGAGUACUGACCUGCUCCAUGCGCACUGACUGGGCAAAGGGAAUAAUCCAUAGGACGGGCUCAAAGUUUUUGGCGACAUCUUUGGCACAGCGUUUGGCUCAGGUGGUACGCAGGAGUACACAAGGCAGCAAGUGGACACAUUCAAUGGACAGACACCUGGAGGCGGCUGUGCAACAAACAUGGAAUUAUAUUUGUAAUGUGGUUUCAAGGUUUUGAGGGGGCUCUGGGCUGCGAUGCGUGCGUUAUGGAUUUUCGUGUUUCUGGAUGAAUAUCACUGGCAACAGCUGAGAAAUGCGUAAAAGGAUCUUACGUACUCAGUCUGGACAUGAUAUGGAGUUUACCUGUCAUAUUUAGAGAAGUUUUAGCCGGUGUGCUGUCCCCGAUGCUGUAAACUUCAAUAACAUAGCGCCUCAUUGGCUCUUUUGGAUUUUCUAACGUUGCUUUGCCCUGGAUUAUAUUCUCAACACCAUGAACUUUAUUGACAGUUUCACACUAUUAUUUUUGACGCUGUCAGUUAUAAAGAGCGCGCAUAUACCGAGGGAAGGAGAGAGAGGUCCACAUGACGUGAUCCCUCUGAUGGAGGUGUACAAUAAGAGCCUGUGUAAGCCUCGGGAGCUUCUGGUGGAGAUCAUACAAGAGUAUCCUGAGGAGGUUGAGCACAUCUUCAUCCCGUCCUGCGUGGUGCUAACGCGCUGUGCAGGAUGCUGCACCGAUGAGAUGUUGCAGUGUAUGCCAACAUCCAGUUACAAUGUAACUAUGGAGAUAAAGAGAAUAAAACCACAGAGACAACAGAAUGAUAUCUUCAUGAGCUUUACAGAACACAGCUCGUGUGAGUGUAGGUUAAGGAAAGAGGUGAAAGAGCAGAAAGAAAAAAAACCUCGACAAGGCAAAGGCAAAGGUCUAAAGAGAAAGCGAAAGAAAAACAGAGACAAAACAAAUCACAAUGCUGUCUGUCAGCCUUGCUGUGAGAACUGUUCAGACAGGAGGAAGAGAUUAUUCGUGCAGGACCCAGCCACAUGCCACUGCUCCUGCAAACACUCAGACGCCUACUGCAAAGAGCGCCACUUGGAGCUCAACGAGAGGACCUGCAAAUGUGACAAGCCGAGAUGAGGGCAUUGGAGGCACCAGAUAUCCAAGAUGAAGGAAUACUGUAGAAAUAUUUCAGCACUUUGAUCCCUAAGCUCUUCUUUUGUCCGGAUAGCAUUCCCAUUGGACUGAUAGAGAGAGAACCGUACCAGGAAAGACUCGAGUCUCCUCCUUUGUGUUUCUGUGUGUGUAUAUAGACCAUGAUACUGAUGUUUUAUGCUGCUACAAAUAAGCCUAUCAUUUGACAGACACUCAUGGUUUUGCGUUCUAACAGGCUUGCAGUGCAGGUGUUUUUCUUCAAUUCUAUAUAUGCCACUACAUCAUCACUGGAUAAAAAGUCUCUGGUGUUUGCAUGCUGUCUGUAAACGCCACAACAAGGAGGACAUAACUGAAGCAAUGUGGAAUGCCGAAGACACUCUUUUGAACAGGGACAUUUUGGAGCGCUGAUAAGACUUUGCUUCUAUCAGAUUUUGUCUUCCUCGGAAGAACCUCACGGGACUGUUGACAUUUCCAUUGUUUUGAGAAUGGGAAGAGACUGUGGACUUUGCAGUGCCAUAUACUUCUAAAGGGAUAAAAUAGCAUACUUGCUAUGGAGAACCACUGAGAAAACAUCCUAUACUGUAGUUUGAUUCCAUUUGAAAUAACUGUGCCUCGCUAAAAUGUACUGAGAAAUUCUGUUUGUUGAGUAUUUUAAAUUAUUUUUUUUUCUUUUGGAGGGGUGCUGAUGUCUAGCUAGUUAUAUGAACUCUGUACAAUCCCUUUACAACAUAGUACACUCUAGAUAAUUUAUAUUGGAGAGUAUUUUCAGUAUUCAUUCUACCCAUAUUUAAUUUGGUCUAUUUAUAUAUACAGUGUUAUGUGUAAGGUCAGACAGCUACUCAUGGCAUGGAGCCCUCUGUGCUUUUGUAAGAAACUAAAAAUAACAAAAACAUUUAUUUGUUAACAUUCCCUAAAUAGAUGCUCUGUUUUUAUUGAUGCUAUCACUUCUCUGCCCCUUAUCUAAAAACUGUGGGUGUAGGCUGUGUAUAUCUGUCUAAAUGUGUGAGUGUGCGGUUGUAGAUGUCCCGUGUGUCCUGCGUCUUUAAGAAUUUAAAAAGUGUUUUCCAUCCUGCAAGCCGCAAUGACAAAUAAACGACUGCUUGCCACUCACCAUGCACCACCAUUUUAAAAUUUGACUAGUGUAAUUUUCAGAAACUGUCUGUCUUGGACCUUGAAGCUUCUUUCCAUAGAUCUUUUGCUUUAUUAUUAUGUCAGUUAUUAACAUGUCAGUGUCUGUAAAAACAUAUUUAUUUUUCAAAUGUUAUUGUUUUAUAUAAAAUAAGGAAAAGGUU